AUGCCUCCAAUUCCUCCCCCUUCAUACCCUCAUCGCAUUGUACUCUAUCACCAGACAUUAUGUCCCAACAGAGGACCCUACGUUUCUCUGCUUCCCCUCUUGAACAAUCACACAGGCCUCACGCACGUCGUUCUGGCAGCUUUCCAUCUCAACGCUCCCAACCCCAACCAUAUCACUCUCAAUGACGACCCCCCUAGUCAUUCGAUGUAUGAAACAUUGUGGGCUGAAGUCCCUUUGCUACAGCAGAGCGGUAUUAAGGUGAUGGCCAUGUUGGGCGGUGCUGCGAAGGGCACCUUCUCUUGUUUAGACGGUGACGACGCCCAAUUCGAGGAAUAUUACGUGCCUCUUCUGGCUAUGAUUCGUCGCCAUGGUUUAGACGGCAUCGAUCUGGAUGUCGAGGAACCCAUGUCACUGUCCGGCAUUAUACGCCUUAUUGACCGGCUUAAGGCCGACCUUGGCCAGGAGUUUCUCAUCUCCCUCGCACCAGUAGCGGCAGCCCUGCUAGGGAUUGGAAACCUCUCCGGUUUUAAUUAUCGUGAGUUAGAAGCACAGCGAGCUGGUAGCAUCGCGUGGUAUAAUGCCCAGUUCUACAACGGCUGGGGACCGGCAGAAGACCCUCGCAUGUACGCCGCCAUCAUAGCGCAGGGUUGGUCACCGACUAGAGUCGUGUAUGGCCUCUUAACAAACCCAGGAAACGGCUCUCAGGGAUAUGUGCCGCAGGAAGUGAUAGGGCCUGUCCUAGCUCUGCUGGUGGAACAGUUUCCUAAUUUUGGCGGCGUCAUGGGCUGGGAGUAUUUCAAUUCGAUGCCCGGGCAAACAGAACGGCCAUGGGAAUGGGCAGCGCAGAUGUCACUGAACAUGGGAAUGAAAACAAUCCCAGGCCAUGUUUUUGUUCCGGUAAUCUUCACAUCGCUCGCCGUUUAUUCGACCUCAAUCUACUUCUCCUCAGCUAAAAACAAUAACAAUGGCGUUAUCAAAUCACUACUUACUGGGGCUCCCUGUCGUCAGUCAUGGGCGACUUGCAUCGCCGUCGUGAUCAACCUUAUUUGCGGACUAUUCACCGCAGACUUUCUCCUGCGCGGCUUCCUCUUGUAUCCGACCGCGGACCUACGUUUCUCCCGUGUGGGACAUAUUUCGCAUGACUCUGCCCAUCUACUACUCAGAGAACCUGAUGUUUCUCAGCUUCCGUUGACUGUCUCUUAUAUGGAGGCCCAAUAUGGGGAUAGCGAGCCUCGGUCAUGGAUUCAGGCAGCUACAAUCGACUCUCUGGGCGAGUCAACAGACUUCACAACAGCAGUCACAUUUACCAACUUAAGCCCAGAAUCGUCAUAUCGUUACAUUCUGUCCAACAAUCAGACUGGCUUCUUCGCCACCAGCCCGGCUCCUGGCUCUGCUGCAGGCAACAAGCUCAGCUUCCUGACCUCUAGCUGCAUGAAGCCCAACUUCCCUUACGACCCUCGGCGCCACCCACUGCGUAUUCCGGGACUCGAUAAGAUGACCAUGGCUAUCACCUCUCUCCCCCAUGUUCCGUCAUUUAUGCUUUUCCUUGGCGAUUUCAUCUACAUUGACGUCCCUCAACGUUUCGGGUCGUCCGUCGAUCACUAUCGUAGCGAAUAUCGUCGGGUCUAUUCAUCCCCCUCCUGGACAUGGUUAGCAGCUAAUCUUCCGUGGAUUCACACUCUCGACGACCAUGAGAUUGCCAAUGACUGGAACUACGGAAACACCACACCCCCAUACCCAGCUGCUAUAGACCCUUACCUCCACUAUCACGCUUCGGUUAACCCUCCAGCACCUGAUACCAAGACGGAAAACGUUAAAUCUUCAUAUACGAUGUUUACCAACGGCCCCGCUGCCUUCUUCCUCCUCGACACCCGGUCCUACCGUUCCCCAUCGGACGAGACUAUCCUCGGCAAAGCUCAACUCAACUCCCUUUUGGCUUUCCUCGCCCGCGUAGAACCCCCACACAUCCGGUGGAAAAUUAUCUCAUCCAGCGUUCCCUUCACUCGCAAUUGGCACGCUGGGACAUCAGAUACAUGGGGUGGGUUCCUCUCCGAGCGCCGUGUCGUCUUCGACGCAAUGCGCGCCGCGCAACGAACACUCGGAAUCAGAAUCGUCCUUCUCUCAGGUGACAGGCACGAAUUUGCCGCUACCCGGUUCCCCCCGCUCCCUGACCAGAUCCAGACCGCUGAAAAGCAAGAAGAUCUUGAGAACGGUGAAGAUCUAGUCGAAUUCUGUACAGGCCCCCUAAACAUGUUCUACCUUCCCGUCCGCACUUACUACCAGUCUGGCCCGGGCGACGUCCCUAUCAAAUACCUCCCAGAUGGGAACACGAAGUACGGCCUCGUCGAGAUAGAAGAUGCCUCUUUGGAUGGCGUGACGAGUUCCGUUCUCACGUACUCGCUUUAUAUUGACGAGAGCGUGGUUUGGAAAUAUCGGCUAAGUGUGCCUUUGGGGGUGACGUCGGAGUCUAAGGCCCAGCCUGCUGCGUCGGCGUCAGAUACAAAAGGUGUUUCGACGGCAAGAUCGUUGCUGCCGCCCGGUGAGGUUCUGGUCGAUGAGACCGUUGAGGGGUGGGUGGAUGUUAUUUCUAGGGUGUUUGGGUGGAAUGUUAUGAUGGUAGACCAUCCGAAGAAGGAUUGGGUUGUUUGA